AGUGUUUCUUUGCGCUGUGCUAGGUUGAACGGAAGGUGAAACGAAGAAGCUGCGGAUAGAACGUUUCACAAUCACUGGGCAACAAUUGAGAACAUUGUACAGGAGGACAUCAAUGGAGUACACGAGCUAGUCUAUCCAGGGACGGGUCUGAGUCAGACCAUAACUAGGGCUUUACAUGGAGAGCUGAAAUUUAAUAUGAGGUUAACGACCUUAAUGAUGUACAUAUCCUCGGCUUUGCUAUUUGUUUUAUACAUUGGAUUUUCUGAUGCUGCACCUCGCGUCAACUCCUACGAUGCGUCGCCUAUCGCCAGGAAGCCUCGCUCAGCCUCCGCGAGCAUGGAACCCCUUUCCACCACCUUGCCUAAUCGGUUACCCGAGGACAGCUUUGUGAUCGGCCCGCUAACGGGACUCACCCCGUCACCGACUAUGGGUUUCACCCGUGCGACAAGGAAAACGAUACCGGUAUCGAAGAUUGCUGUCUCGCCAACAACAACCACCCAGCCACCAACAGCGGACCCUACAUUCCAAAGGCCAAACAUAAAAAUAAUUUCCAGAGAACAAAUAACGGCUUUAAGCUCCAGAACAUCCAAUUCGAGCAAAAGAUCCACUGAUGCGCAAACGUCCGUUUUUCCUCCAGAAAAAAGGCUGCAGACCAUGGUCUCCAUGGUUUCGCAGCGGACGACAAAUGAUGCAUGGUCAUUAGAUAACAUUCAUGCAUCGAUUAGCUCCUCGGAGAAUAGUCAAGAUAUCGAGACUCAUCAGACCAGGCAACAUUCUUCCAGUCUUCAACUGUCCAAUUUUGAGCCUCUAUGUAACUGCAGCAGCGAGGGGGUCCUGGACGUGGAUGAUUGUGACAAGAAGACGGGCCAGUGUGUCUGCAUGCCCGGUUACGCCGGGCUUCUGUGCGAGGAUUGUGAGGAGGGACAUUUUACCAACGGCACCACCGGCUGCAUGCCCUGCGGCUGCGACUCGUAUGGAGCCGUCAACCACCUCUGCGACAGCUCGGGGACGUGCGCAUGUAAGACGGGAGUGUACGGGCCCAAGUGUGACGAGUGCCACCCGGGGUUCUUCCGUUUCAGCAGUACCGGGUGCCAGCCGUGCCAGUGUAACGACCUUACCAACUACUGCCACCCACAAUCUGGAAUCUGUCUGAACUGCCAGGGCAACACUCAAGGACCCAACUGUGAGGAAUGCAAGCCACGGUUCUACCGCAGCUCUGGGGCUGCGACCACGGACGCCUGCGUCGCCUGCCCGUGUUUGAACACCAGCUCCACUGGCACCUGCCACACCGACUCCGAGGGCUUCCCGGUGUGUGACCAGUGCCUGUCCGCGUACAGUGGUCCGCUGUGUGACCAGUGCCAGGCCGGCUUCUACAGUGCCAGAGGUGCGUGUGUGUCCUGCGACUGCAGUGGGAAUGCUGACCCAAUGGGCCCGGCCCAGCUCUGCAACCCUCACACUGGCCAGUGCCUGAGCUGUUCCUUCAACACCACAGGCCCUCAGUGCCAGGUCUGUGCCCCCGGCUUCACGGGGGAUGCCCGCGCCCACAACUGCACUAGUCCAGAGGCACGGAUAAUUCCUAACCUGGAGGCGACGAUUACAACGGGCGCCCCUAAAACCGAUGUUACCCCCCUCGCUUCGACCCCCGGCACCAAAAGCCUGAGCUCCACGAUUCCCGCCAGCGCCACCGCCUCCACCACCAAGUCCAGCGCCUCGGUGAGCGUCACCACCACCCAGGCUCUGCUCACUAGCCUAGGCAGCCCCACGGAGAACACCACAGCCGCGCUGACGGAGGUCUCCUGGACCCAGUUCAACAUCAUCGUCCUGGCUGUUAUCAUCCUGGUGGUGCUGCUGUUGCUGGGCUUCGUGGGCGGGGUGUACACCUACCGAGAGUACCAGAACCGCAAGCUGAACGCCCCAUUCUGGACCAUCGAGCUGAAAGAGGACAACAUCAGCUUCAGCAGUUACCACGACAGCAUUCCCAACGCCGACGUGUCAGGCCUGCUGGAGGAUGAGGCCAACGAGCCGGCGCCUAACGGCCAGCUGGCUCUUACCACGCAGGGAAACUGCUACAAGGCCUAGCCCACGGGGCAGACGACGAGCACACUGUGGACAGACUGGACGCACACAGAGAAGCUUUCCGGCCCGGCUACCUGCCUCACCAGACGGACACAUUAAUAGGGUGGACUUUCAAAGCUGCUGGACGCUAAACCGAAAGCUCCAUGUGUAAUUCUACUGACUCUACCCACCUCGUCCCGGCCGUCAGCGAAACAGAUGGACAGUGAAACCCACAGGGUGAUGGACAGACGGUUGCGAAGAUGUGGUGAUGUGUUUCUGUUUUUUGUCCUGAGAGAUUUGAAUGAUUCACGGAUAAGGUCUGAAGAAGAGUAGUCUUUGGUCGUGCCUGCAGGGGGCACUGUUGUAAGCAGAUGUCGAUGGUUGUGAUGGGGUGUUCGUCCUUGCAACUGUGUAGGACUUGUCUGUGGUGUUUGGCAUAAGGCCCCCCCCAUUGGAGCUCACAGGGCAUCAGGCUACACUAGGAGCCCUAGAAUUCAAAUGGACUAACAGUUAUACUACUUGGACACAGUUUUGUUUAGACAAUGAUUGUUAUUUAAUUCAUUUUAAUUUAUUUAUUAUUUAUUGUUUCAGGUUUUGAUCCUUGGGAUAAAUGUUGCACAUGUUUGAUGUGUUUUUAAUGGCAUUUUAAUUUGUGAGCUAUAUUGAAUGCAAAUUUGAAAAGGGCAAAAUGUUUUCAUGUGUAUGUUUUUUGUGAAAGAUAUUGGGGAAUGUGAAGGCUGCUGGAUUUAUGACCUUGUGUUUUCUUUUCAGUUGUAUUAUGUAUGAAGAAUUUCCAUAUCCUUACCAUGAGUAUUAUUGAGAAAUGUUUGGAUAAUAUAAAACAUGCAUUUUCCCCUCGCAAAAUACUACUGUUCACUGCAGGUCAGUAGUUCCCAUUGGCUAUUAUAAUCUUCAAUUACCUAUAUAAUGACCGUGUGCUAAUCUAAUGGUCUAUGUUAUGCCUACCUCAACGGCAGUUGUUGAACACCUUGUUCCAAACGUAGUUGUAGUUUAAUAAGGCUAGUUGGUAGGCUUUUAGGACAAUAUAAUGCCAGUUUCAAUUCCUAAUUUGGUUUCAUCAAUACAAAAUAGAAAUAGAUUUUUGUGAUGUGUAGCUGGCAGCUUCAAAAUAAUCCUGCGCAAAUUAUUUUGUUUAUAAACUAAAAUGAAUAUCCUAUAUUUGUUUCUGUAAAAAGUGUAAUGAAUCUGGAAUUUCAACCUUUGUUUCAUCUGGCCUUUUUUCCCACUACUUUUUCUGUGCUUGUAUUUGAUCCCCCAACAGUAAUCCCAUGCCAAUACAAUAUAAUGUGUAUGUGUGUCGAAUCAUGUUACAAAAUACGGAUAAUCACUCUAAACCAACUCAUUACGUUCGAAUCUCAGUCGGGAUAAUGUCCCUGCACUGUUUUUGUAGUAAACAGCCUCAUUCAAAUUGUUACAUUUAAAGCACCCAAUUGUGAUGUAAAAUGAAUUGUUGCGGCGUGUGUAAGAGCGUUUCAUUUCAUGCACAAUACAUUUUAUUCAUCCACUGCGAUGCUGAUCUGACAACCAAUUCUCUGUAACAAAAAAUAUCACCUAGAAAGGGGAUCACAUAUGAGCACCUGAAAAUUCCAAAUAAGGCCACGUGUACAAAUUAGUAAAUUUCUCUUUAAGCUAGUAAGGGAAGUCACUCCUCAGGUACUGCCUCUUUCCCCAGUGCGGUCACUGUAAAUAAGAAUAGGAAAUUGUACAAAUAAAUGUGAAUAGGAUCAUUAUAAUUGUACAGGUAGUGAGCAAUGUGCACUCAGAACAGUCCCGCACUGAAUGACUCAACUGGUCUUAACGGCUUAAAUAUGGUCAGGACACAGUCCACAUAGGAAAUUAACUGUCAGUAGACCUUCCCUCUGAAUUGUGUUGCAGGAUAGAUGGUAUCUACCCAAAACACUGUUUUUAAUAAAAUAAUUCAUGGGGAAGAAUUUGUAAAUAUUACACACUGAAAAUGUCCUACACAAUGUCAAAUAAAAUUGGGUUUUAUUGGUCUAAUUGA